AUGACUUCCGCCUCCAAAGUUCCAGAUUUGGACAAUGACGAGGAGCGCAUGCCGGUAAGACCCUCAGGAGGACGCCCAACAGGUGAUGAACACUGGACUCGCAAAAUCCGCAAGGAGGUGCAAGACUUGCAGUCUGAGGUCAACCUCCUGAAGCGGUUUGUCGCUGACAAGGGCUUUGAUGUUUCAGAUGCUUUGCAGGGAACUGCGACAGGUCAGAGCAGUCAGGGUACCAGUGGUUCGGGAGGGAAUGGCGGAGAGGACACCAACAAGGACAAUGCCGACGAGCAGGACGAAGACCCAGAUGACAGUGAACCAGAAGACGGGGGAGAUGACCCUUUUGAGAGUCAGUGCUUCAUCACCCUGUAUGCGAAGAUGAACUUUUCUUGUGUCAAUUUGGUUGUUGCUUCAAACCUCACCAUCUUCGUGAACCCGAAGUGGAAGAUGAAGACCUUUACCACCAUGUUGAGUGGCCAGGUGAAGAUUUCGCCCAACUGCUUGAGGCUCAUGAACGUCAAAGGGGAGACGCUCUACUGCUCCUUGUCGUAUGAGGACAACAUGGUGAGGGACUUUGACACCAUCAGUGUCUCCAUGGAGCUGAAGGGAGGUGCGCGGACCACUAAGAAACCGAUGUUUGUAAAGAAGGAGGAUGCCUUGAAACACCUGAAGGACAAAUUGGAGGCCACGCACAAGGUCAAUGCAAGCACGGAGAUUGACCAGGAGAUGUCUGAGACUUUCCACGCGUUGGUCAAUGAGUUGAAGCUAAAACAGCACGAGUUUGAGACUUUGAGAACCAGGAUUGGACAGAACUUCAUUACCAUUUGCCUACGACACCUUGACACAGAGAGCCUCUCAGUUCUCAAAACAUUGUUUACCAAUGUCCCUGGCACCAAGAACCUGACGAACGAUGAACGCGCUGCUCGUGCUGUCCAGGUCCUCUUUCCAACAGUGAAGUUGGUUCAGAAGUAUGUCUCCGUCCUUCAGUCCAUAGAGAGUGAGACGACAACAGCCCUUCUCCACAUGUUUGUUGAUGAGUUCCACAACUUCAACGCACAGGCUGGCAUCUUGAACAUAGACGGUCAGUCCUUCCUGGAAAAGGUGAAGCAAGAGUUAUCAAGCCGGAAUGACCGCCAACCUGCUGACCUGAAUGUUGAUGCUGUCUCAUCCAACUGCAUUUUGCAGUGA